UAUAUAUAUUUGCUCUGUAAGAUUUGUAAUACUGUAAAUUAAAAAAUGGCUCGAGAAUCUGGCAGAAUAAAGGAUGCGUUUCAAAAACGAGUUCUCGAUGAUGCUGCACGUAAACGUAGGCAAAAGAAGGCUCUGGAAGCACUGGAGCAAGAUAAUUUUCACGAUGACCCACAUGCUGAUUUAGUAAUGAGCAAGAAAGUUCCGAAAUUUCAAGAAACAUUAGACAAUAGAGGUGGCAGCAGAAAAAAGAAAACCCGCUCUGCAGAAUAUUAUAAGCAACGCUUUCGCAAAACUUUUGCUCAGCUUGUCGAAGAAGAUCUCAAUAUAAAUCCUAAUCCACCAAAUUAUACCUGUGCUCAGGUACCACCAUCUCGAUUUCCCGAGAGGCAUUUUUGUGCAGUAUGUGGUUUUCCAAGUAAUUACACGUGCAUACCUUGUGGUGCCAGAUAUUGUUGUACAAAGUGUCUAGGUACGCACUUAGAUACGAGAUGUAUGAAAUGGACAGUUUAAGAAUUGGCUUUAUUUCUUUUUUUAAUAAAUUAAUAUAUCAAAAUCUAUUUCUGUCAAUACUUAUUAAAUUUCUUUUUUAAAUGCAUAAUGAUGUAAUGAUGGUUUUAAUGAAACGUAAUUGAUAAAAGUAUUAAUGAGAUAUGACAAUAUGUGAUAAUAAAAAAACCGCAUUAAUUUUACAAUAAAA